AAGGUAAUAUAGGGUUACCAUGCUUUUCAGGGGGAGAGGUGGUUAGGUGUUUAUUGCCUAACAAACAUGGGUCGCAGAUGGGUUGUGUGUGAGUCGAAGGGUUAACAACCCAAUGUGAUUUAUGAUGGGAAAGUGCAGUGUCCGCUUGUCACAGAAGUUGAGGAUGAAGGUUAGCUCAUUUAGCUGCCCAUGUCCUGUGCUUUACCACACUGGGCACAGCUUUAUAGGUGAAUAUAAAAUAUAUAAGAGGAAUAUCAUUAAUAUGCUCUGGUGGUAGUUGAACCAGAAGCAUAAUUUUAGUUCAUAAAUCUCUCAAGUUUCUCUGUUAUCUGGAUGCAGUAACAUGACUUGUCAAAGUGCAAAUUGUCUUGGGCUUCAGCGUAAAGCGCUGCCUUACAAGUAGGGCUGUCCCGAAUAUCAUAUUUUUGAGCUACAGCAGUUCAGAGUUGAUCAAACUUUGUGUUUUUCAGAUUUUCCGAGUGUGAUGUUAAACAUAAUCGGUCAGAAAUUUGAGUGAAGCGUAGUACAGCAAGAGCAUUCAUAUUUAUCCUCCUAAGACCUGAACUCUUUCAUGGCAUGUAUUUUUAAUUUCUCUUUGCUAUUUGGGCUGAUUGGGACCUGAUGAAUGUAAAAACAAAGAAUUAUGUGGAUUUUUUUUUUUUUUUUAAACCUGAUUUUUGUUUCUGAGAAAAAUUAGAUCCAUAUAUGAGCACAUUCGCUUUAAACUUCGAUAGAACAGUGGCAGUAUAGUCCUUGUAAGUGUAUAUCAGGCUCUUGUAGAGCAAAAUUUUGUAUUUUGGUCUAGACAACCCAAAAUGUGAUGUCCACAUAUGUGGACGCCAGGAGGCUAAAAAUGUUAAGUGGUAUGAAUUUGAAAUGGUUAAGUAGACUGAGCAUGAUCAUCACUGCUGUGAGUGAGAGGGAUGUCAGGCAGAUGAGCUGAGAUGGUACAGUUUUCCCCACAUAAUAAACAUCCAGUGAUUGUCUUGAGGAAGGAAGCAUGGAGAAUCGGCUUAUUUUACCCUUCUGCUGUAAAAGACUCAUGGGGUAUUGUUGUCACCCUACUGGGUGGGCGGGCGGGCAGUGUGGGCACCACGAAGUUUCUGAUUGCAAUAACCCGAGGAUGAGGUGACAUAGGAUUUGUAAAUUUAUACCAAAGGUGCAUCUACCGGGUGGAUGAGAGGUAGCACUGGGAGCUGCCAGUAUUUUUAUUACUGUGGCAAAGUUGGACAAAAUCACCACACGCAUGUAAGGAUAAUGGCUGUGCUGGGAUUGUGGCAGUAUGUAAAAGGGUCAUUGUAAUAAAGUCAGAAGUUUAGGCUCCGUGGGUGCAGCUACCACAGGACAGCAAGGUGCUUUGUCAUAGAGCAGUACUGUCCGUUGACUUCCUGCAUGUUGUGGCAGGGCUACAAAGUUGCUUAUUUAUAACGGUGAGGUGAGAUGAUCAUCGUUGCCGUGUAGAUUAUUGUCACAUUCUUAUAAUUCCAUGUUGGUAAACUGAAUACACACACACACACACUUCAUACAUUUCCAAAUAGUGGAAUAUUCGGGUACAGCCCUAAUGACAAGUUAUUCUCUCCAAUGUGGCCAGCUUUCCUACACAUUUUCCUCAUCUUUUAGGCUGAGCCUGUGUAGCUUAUCAUGACCACUAGUGCUCGGACUAAAAACCAGAAACUGUAGCUUUCCAUAUUUAUUGCAUCUUCACUUCCCCUGACACUGUGAGCUUAAAUGGCCUGAAUGUCUCAGGUUUGGUCUAGGUAUAUUCAGCCUGCAUGUAGAGAGAGCUCUUUGUGCAAAGUUGUUGUUUCAGUAGAGUUUUAUUUUACAACUCUCUCUGUAAAAUAGAAAUAUGUUAUCAAGAAAAUUGUGUACCAAAAUACCACAGGCCCAUACUAACUGUCCUUAAUUUCUCUCCUACAGCAGUACUGCUUUGCCAGUCCUGUACUGCACUCUGUUAAGGGUGCAGCAACUCAUCCUGUGUAGGUUAUGGGGAACACUGAGAACGGUGCACUUGUCAGUUUGGUCAGGGUCCAUUGGCUGCUUGUUUUGGUGGGAGGCUGUGAGGGGAAUCAGAUGCAACCCAGCUACAACAAACCUCAGCACUCCCAGCAGCCUCUUUUGAAUUUGGCUUAUCGGAUUCCAACAAGUUGACAUAAAAUAUUCCCGUAAUGGAAGCAGACUGCCCAAAUAUUUGAUUACAUAAAUUUACCUUUGUCCCAAAAAGGAAGUCAAGAUCUUGAUGUAUGAUGUUUAAAUAAGGAGUCCAUGUGACUCUGGUAUUAUCAAUAUUUUUCUCAUAUCUAGUAUUGAAUGCAAACACUCACAUUUGAUUUUACUGUGCUAAUGUCCUUCUUAGGCAUAGCCUCAAAGUCUUGACUUCAUAUUUAUCUGUUACUGUAAAUACCUGGGAAACUGGACCACAAAAUAUCAUGGGAUUUUUUUCUAGAUUGUGCUAAUACCCCAAGAAGAUGCUUUAUUUUUUGCCUUAAAUCAAUGCAUCACAAUGGUAUACUGUUGUGUGUGAGUUCAAACCCUUUUCCAAAGUGUUACUAAUGGUAAAGAGAAAUUUUCUAGGCUUCUUUUCUGCCGGUUGAAGUCUGACUGCAGAUGGACCCUUGGCACUGAAAGUGGGGCAAAACACCGGAUCCCAAGCUGCAGGUUAGGUCAUAUGUGGACGUCAUGUUGGAGCAGAACCUGUCCAAAGAGGAGAGAGAGAUUCGUCAGCAGCUGGCAGAGAAGGCCAAAUCAGGGGACCUGAAAGCUGUCAAUGGGUCUGCUGCUGCCCAAGCUGUCCCUAAACGUAAGCGUCGCUGGGACCAGACAGCUGACCAAACCCCCUCCAAUGCUACACCCAAAAAGAUGUCCAGCUGGGACCAAGCUGAUGCCAGUGCUGAAACUCCUGGACAUACCCCUGCUCACACACCUUCAAACAGCCGAUGGGAUGAAACCCCCGGUCGCCCUAAAGGCAGUGAAACCCCAGGGGCCACUCCUAGUUCCCGAAUGUGGGACCCGACUCCUAGCCACACACCUGCCGGUGCUGCCACACCAGGCAGAGACACGCCUGGCCAUGCCACACCUGGUCACGGGGGAGCCACAGGAAGCGUUCGCAAAAAUCGCUGGGAUGAGACCCCAAAGACUGAGAGGGAGACCCCAGGACAUGGGAGCGGCUGGGCUGAGACCCCAAGAACAGAUAGAGGAGAAGAGUCAGUGGGCGAAACUCCGACUCCAGGAGCCAGUAAGAGGAAGUCUCGGUGGGAUGAAACCCCUGCCAGCCAGAUGGGCUCCUCAACACCACUUUUUACCCCAGGAAAAACUCCCAUAGGCACACCAGCCAUGGAAUUGCAAACCCCAACUACAGCACACAUGACUCCAGAGCAGCUGCAGGCAUGGAGGUGGGAGAGAGAAAUUGAUGAGAGGAACCGACCUCUAACAGACGAGGAGCUGGAUGCCAUGUUCCCAGAGGGAUACAAGGUGUUGCCUCCUCCUGCAGGCUACGUGCCUAUCCGCACCCCGGCCCGUAAACUGGCAGCCACGCCCACACCCAUUGGAGGCAUGACAGGCUUCCAUAUGCAGGCAGAGGAUCGCACCACAAAACAGAUGAACGACCAACCCUCAGGAAAUCUCCCUUUCCUCAAACCAGAUGACAUCCAGUACUUUGACAAACUGCUGGUGGAGGUGGAUGAGUCCACUCUGAGCCCCGAAGAACAGAAAGAAAGGAAGAUUAUGAAGCUGCUGCUGAAGAUUAAAAAUGGAACUCCUCCCAUGAGAAAGGCUGCUCUGCGUCAGAUCACAGAUAAGGCUCGCGAAUUCGGAGCAGGUCCCCUGUUCAACCAGAUCCUGCCACUGCUUAUGUCCCCCACCCUGGAGGAUCAGGAGCGCCAUCUUUUGGUUAAAGUCAUUGACCGCAUUCUCUACAAACUGGAUGACCUGGUCCGACCAUAUGUUCACAAGAUCCUGGUGGUUAUUGAGCCGCUGCUCAUCGAUGAAGACUAUUAUGCCAGAGUGGAAGGCAGAGAGAUCAUCUCUAACUUGGCAAAGGCUGCUGGUUUAGCUACUAUGAUCUCCACGAUGCGACCUGAUAUCGACAACAUGGACGAGUACGUCAGAAACACCACAGCCCGAGCCUUUGCUGUUGUAGCCUCCGCCCUCGGGAUCCCCUCUCUCCUCCCUUUCCUCAAAGCUGUGUGCAAAAGCAAGAAGUCCUGGCAGGCUCGGCACACAGGCAUCAAGAUUGUGCAGCAGAUCGCCAUCCUCAUGGGCUGCGCCAUUCUGCCUCACCUUCGCAGUUUGGUUGAGAUUAUUGAACAUGGGCUUGUGGAUGAGCAGCAGAAGGUGAGGACCAUCAGUGCCCUGGCUAUAGCUGCCCUGGCUGAAGCUGCCACACCAUACGGUAUCGAGUCCUUUGACUCGGUGCUGAAGCCACUGUGGAAAGGCAUCAGGCAACACAGAGGAAAGGGUCUGGCUGCUUUCCUCAAAGCUAUUGGUUACCUCAUCCCACUGAUGGAUGCUGAGUAUGCAAACUACUACACCAGAGAGGUGAUGCUGAUCCUCAUCAGAGAGUUUCAGUCCCCUGAUGAGGAGAUGAAAAAGAUUGUGCUCAAGGUGGUGAAGCAGUGCUGUGGCACAGAUGGUGUUGAGGCCAACUACAUCAAGACUGAAAUCCUGCCCCCCUUCUUCAAGCAUUUCUGGCAGCACAGGAUGGCUCUGGACAGACGCAACUACAGACAGCUGGUGGACACCACAGUGGAGUUGGCUAACAAAGUGGGAGCAGCAGAGAUCAUCUCACGUAUCGUUGAUGACCUGAAAGACGAGGCAGAACAGUACAGGAAGAUGGUGAUGGAGACCAUUGAAAAAAUCAUGGGCAACUUGGGCGCAGCUGACAUCGACCACAAGCUGGAGGAGCAGCUGAUCGACGGUAUUCUGUAUGCCUUCCAGGAGCAGACGACAGAGGAUUCUGUCAUGCUGAAUGGUUUCGGUACAGUGGUGAAUGCCCUUGGGAAGCGUGUGAAACCCUACCUGCCACAGAUCUGCGGUACGGUACUGUGGCGUCUCAACAACAAGUCGGCCAAGGUCCGUCAGCAAGCUGCUGACCUGAUCUCCCGCACAGCCGUGGUCAUGAAGACCUGCCAGGAGGAGAAGCUGAUGGGUCAUUUGGGGGUGGUGCUGUACGAGUAUCUGGGAGAGGAGUACCCCGAGGUGCUGGGCAGCAUCCUUGGAGCGCUGAAGGCCAUUGUGAAUGUUAUUGGCAUGCACAAGAUGACCCCACCAAUCAAAGACCUGCUUCCUCGUUUGACUCCCAUCCUGAAGAACAGACAUGAGAAAGUCCAGGAGAACUGCAUCGACCUGGUGGGCAGGAUCGCCGACAGGGGUGCUGAGUACGUGUCUGCCAGGGAGUGGAUGAGGAUCUGUUUCGAGUUGCUGGAGUUGCUCAAGGCACACAAAAAGGCCAUCCGCAGAGCCACCGUCAACACGUUUGGUUAUAUCGCCAAAGCCAUCGGUCCUCAUGAUGUCUUGGCCACUCUGCUCAAUAACCUUAAAGUCCAGGAGCGACAGAACAGGGUCUGCACGACCGUGGCCAUCGCCAUUGUUGCUGAGACCUGUUCGCCCUUCACGGUGCUGCCGGCCCUAAUGAACGAAUACCGCGUGCCUGAGCUCAACGUGCAAAACGGUGUACUGAAGUCCCUCUCCUUCCUGUUCGAGUACAUUGGAGAGAUGGGCAAAGACUACAUCUAUGCCGUCACGCCGCUGCUGGAGGAUGCACUUAUGGACAGAGACCUGGUCCAUAGACAGACAGCCAGCGCUGUGGUCCAGCACAUGUCCCUCGGUGUCUACGGUUUUGGCUGUGAGGACUCCCUCAACCACUUGUUGAACUACGUGUGGCCCAACGUAUUUGAGACGUCACCUCACGUCAUCCAGGCUGUGAUGGGCGCUUUGGAGGGGCUGAGGGUCGCUCUCGGGCCCUGCCGCAUGCUGCAGUACUGCUUACAGGGUCUGUUCCAUCCAGCCAGGAAAGUGAGGGACGUCUACUGGAAGAUCUACAACUCCAUCUACAUCGGCUCUCAGGACGCACUGAUUGCUCACUACCCACAGGUCUACAACGACGACAAAAAUGUCUACGUCCGCUACGAGCUCGAAUACACCUUGUAA